CACGCCAGAACAGUCAGUAAUACGAUUGCCGUUUAGCAGUCGCUCCAAUGUAAAUUUUACCAUCUUCGGCAACAUGUUCUCCCUGAUCAUAGGAUUUGGAUUUAUAGUGUCAUACGUGAGCUGUGAGCACGAUUACGGCCCUUAUUCCUACCAGCCAAUGAUUUUAACAGACGAUGGGCAUCUGACGAUAAGCAGUGGCUAUAAUGGUAACAUCUCGCUUGUAACACAAGGCGAAGGUGUUAUAUACUUUAACGACAACGAUUUACUAGAUAUAAUUGCACUUGUGAAAAAUGCUACGUUGCACAAUUCGUUUGGUAAAAUACGUAGUUGGAUGGACGUUUUGAAAGGAAUGAACCGAGAUAUUCAGUCUAACAAGAAAAAUUUGUUAUCUCUUUCCAAAUUAUUUGGGAUCAAAGAAAAUGGAACAUACAAACCAUACAUUAAAUCAUCGGCGCUGCAAAAACUGGGACUUUCUUGGGCUCGGAUUAAAUACAAGGGACUAUCGUUAAAAGUUAAAAAUAUGGCGCGGUCAAUGCAAAGAAACAAUUGCCUGAGAAACCAAUGCAAACACGGUGCAACCUGCUUCAGCAUUUACAGAAAAGUGCAAUGCAUCUGUCCAACAAACUGGAAGGGAAAAUUUUGCGAUGUGGACGUUGACGAAUGCGCAGUGUUCAACGGAACAGACCUCGGCUGUCAAAACGGGGCGACUUGUGUAAAUACGGCAGGUUCGUACAAAUGCAACUGUGUAGAUGGCUGGUACGGUCUACACUGUACUACAAAAGAGAACGACUGCGCGAAAGCGAAAUCUGAAGAGUUGUGUGGUCACGGGAUAUGCGUUCAGGAUGGACAUGGACCCUCGUGUAUUUGCGACCAGGGUUGGACAGUGCCUUCCAGCGCAAUCGGUGAUGGCAAGAAACUUCUGAGCUGCACGGAAGAUGUCAACGAAUGCAAUGCAACGGUUCUACCCUGCUCUCAUGAUCCAUUGGUACCUUGUAUAAACACUCCUGGAAGUUUUGAAUGCGGAUCAUGCCCACCAGGUUACAUCGGUAACGGACGUCAGUGCGCUGACGUCGAUGAAUGCCAAACUGACAACGGAGGGUGCAGCACGAAUCCUUUCGUCCAGUGUAUCAAUACAAGAGGUAAUAGUAUCUGUUUGACGUGUCCUCCUGGUUAUUCCGGAGAUGGAAAAUCUUGCGAAUUUACUAACAAUUACUGUGCGAACGACAACGGAGGGUGUCACCGCCUCGCGAAUUGUAGUUUUAAUGCAGGACUAAACAUGGUUACUUGUCAUUGCCCGAGUGGGUAUGUCGGAACGGGUUUGGGGACGAAUGGUUGUAUCGAAGACAGUUCUGCAGUGGACGGCUGCAGCUCGAUGCCUUGUAUGAACAACGGGCGUUGCAGCCCAUUAGACGGUGGAAAUCACACGUGCUUUUGCACCCCGUACUUUUUCGGCGAAAACUGUGAAAAAGCGCACACUUCGUGCACGACAAAUCCAUGCCAAAAUGGAGGAACAUGCGUAGCUACAACUUAUUUCCUAAGAGAUUUUUGGUGUCGAUGUACUCCGGGAUAUUCAGGGGUACUGUGCGACAAGAGAGACACUGAAUGUAUUGGACAUUUUACUGCGCCUGUUGGUAAUUUAACUUGGAGGCCGUCAUUUCACGAUAGAGACUCAAAGUGGACUUAUAAAUCUUGCAGUUGGACGAUCCAAACUGGAGAAUUCCAAGCGUUAAAAGUUAUAUUUACAGAAUUCUCUUUCCCCAGUUCUACACCACCUUGUACGGACUCUUCAUCCCAGGCUCUACGACUCAAGGUUUACGAUGGGCUAUCAAGAGAUUCCAACUUAAUCGGUGUCUAUUGUGGAAACACUGAACCUCCAAAAUUAAUCAUUUCUUCCCGAAACUCUUUAAGGUUUGAUGUCGAAGGUCAUCUUCCCUCGUCAGCUUCUCUAAACUUAAAUUGGAUGUCCAUAGAGCGAAAAUGCGGUUAUGACGUACAGGUUAAGGGACGCGGUAACAUCAUUUCACCCAAAUUCCCGGGAUACUAUCCGAAAAAUUCCCAGUGCGAAUGGUCUUUAUCCGCUCCGCCUGGUAAAAGAUUAAAAUUAGUUUUUCAUCUCUUAGACAUCGGAAAAGACGUCAAAUGUGGUGACUCUUAUGUAGCAAUAUCUGUUGAUGAAUUUGAAAGCAUGUAUAAGUUUUGUGGUACUUCAACGCCUGAAGAUAUGGUCACCCCGGCAAAUUCUGCCGAAAUCGUGUUCAGGUCAGACAACACUAGUGUGGGCAAGGGUUUCAAGUUGGAGUACAGUGAAAUUGAAGGAUAUCCUGGCUGCGGUGGUAUAUUGACAGAUCGUUCCGGCAGUAUAUCCCUUCCAGGUUUACAACCAUCUUUCGAGUUCAUUUUACAGUGCGAAUGGAAAAUUCAAGUGCCGCCGUAUGAAAAGAUCAAGAUACAAUUCAAUGAUCUAAAGCUCGUUCUGACUUGCCUCUUCGAAGAAAUAAAGAUAUAUGACGGCCCGAGUAAAAAAUCAAAACUUAUCGAUCGAGUGUGUGAAAAUGAAGUCCCUCCACCUUUCAUGUCCACGUCCAACAUACUCACAGUAGUUUACACCUUCGAGAAUCUUCAUUUUAACAAAACCGGCUUAUUUCAAAUUUCAUACACCACGGUAUGCGAAAAGACUUUAACGGAAGAAUCUGGAGUCAUUCAGUCACCAAACUAUCCAAAACCAUACCCGUCGGAUAUUAACUGCGUCUACAGCAUUUCACGUCCGGCAAUGACGUCCAUAAUUCUUUCGAUUAUAGACGUAGACAUGCAGCUCAAUGAAGCUUGCGAUUUAGAGUCACUGACGAUUUACGACGGAAAUUCGGUCGAAUUCCCAGUCCUUGGAAAAUUUUGCGGAAAUAGGAGUACAGAAACGUUGACGUCAACGUACAACAUGAUUUAUCUCAAAUUCUCAACCAAUAACGAUUUUUCUCGUGGAAGAGGAUUUUACAUCAAUUAUACGACGGUUCAAACUAAUUGUGGUGGUAUAUUUUCCAAAUCGGUAGGAUAUAUCAACAAUGACAAUUUCCUUAAUGUGAAAGAAUGCACCUGGUUCAUAAUAGCAAAGCCUGGUCAUGUUAUUCACCUGGAUUGGCAGGAUUAUUUGCUACAGAGAACGGAUUGUUCGAAACGAUAUUUAAUUUUAUAUACCAAUGUAACUCAAGUGACAAAUAAUCCUCAAUUGGGGGAAAAAUAUUGCAGACACUCUCCUCCUUCGCUCACGUCCACAUCAAAUACGAUAAUUAUCAAAACAUAUUCGUUGGGAUCAGAUAUUUUUAAGUUCAAACUUCUCUACUCAAUAGAAAAGGACACAACUUGCGUUAGACGUCUUUCGGCUACGACAGGUACGAUCACAAGUCCAAAUUACCCUAAGACAUAUCCUCCCUUUUUAAACUGCGAGUGGAAAAUCACUGUGAAGAGCGGAAAACAAAUCAGACUAAUCAUAAAAGAAUUUUAUCUUGACGACAGCUUCAAUUGCGAAGAAGAUUACUUAGAAAUUAGGAACGGUGAAACUGCAACGUCUCCUUUAAUCGGUCGUUUCUGCAAAAUGAUACCAAAGGAAAUGACUUCACACUACAAUCAGCUAUACUUGAAGUUCGUGACAAAUUACAUAAGUUAUUCUAAGGGCUUCGUGAUUUCGUGGGAUGGAGCUUCCAACGGUUGUGGCGGAGUGAUGGACGCUUUGUCUGGAAGUAUCGUCUCACCGAAUUAUCCUUAUUCGUAUGGACACAAUGCAGAUUGUUAUUGGAAGAUCGUUGUGCCGGUCGGAAACAAAAUCCAGUUGACCAUUGUCGAUAUCGACCUAGAACCACGAGAAAAUUGUUUAGACUUUCUGGAAAUAUUCGAUGGGAAAAACAAAUUUGCCAAAUCCUUCGGUCGGUUUUGCACCAAAGCUCACCUUCAGACUUUCACGUCUACGAGCAAUUUCUUGUUCUUGAAAUUCUUCUCCGACCAUUAUUUACAAGGAAACGGCUUCCAUGUCACCUAUUCCACGGUUUGCAAUACUGUACUAAAGGGACACAGAGGAUCAAUCGAAUCUCCAGGUUUUCAUUCACUUGGAUAUUUUUAUGAAUGCCAAUGGAUUAUAGAUGCCCCCUUAGGAAAUCGAAUCCAAAUUGCUAUCUCACAUUUUACUAUGAACAACUUCCUGCGAGGCGAUAACUGUUCGGACAAUUAUCUACAGAUACAAGAGAGGGACGAAAAUGGGAAAAUCACAACUUUGUUGGAUAAACGUUGUAGGAGUGAAACAAUUCCAGAAAUUACAUCGAACCAGACUCGAGUAUUAAUUAAUUAUAAAACUACACUUUUCACAUCAGAAAACGGUUUUCGACUCGACUGGGAAGUUGUCGGCUGCGGAGGCGUCUUCAAGGACAAGAUGGAGGGUGAAUUUUCUUCACCUGGUUACCCAAAUAAAUACAACAAUUCAAUGGAAUGUGAAUGGCAUAUUUCAGUGCCCUUAAAAAACAAUAUUCAGUUGCAGAUUUAUGAUAUCCAAUUAGAAACCACUUUCGAUUGUGAAAAUGAUCAUUUGACAAUUUAUGGCGGGAAAGAUGAUUCAGCUCCGAAAUUAGCGACGUUGUGUCACCCCGCACCUGGAAAUACACCUUAUCUUGUUACCACGACCGGCAAUAAUGCUUUUGUGAGAUUCGUUAGUGAUUUCUCAAAAACAGCCAAAGGCUUCCUAGCAUCGUUUGCGGUUUUUCCUGAUGGAUGUGGAGGAGAAUUCUCCGGGUACAAGGGAAUUGUACAAUCACAAAAUUACCCUCAAAAUUAUGAUCCUAAAAGUGAUUGCGAAUACGUAAUUCGUAUCGACAAUGGGCUGAAAAUCAAUCUUACUUUCACUGACUUUAACAUUAAAUCCAAUGAAAAUUGCGCAGAUGCUUACGUUGAACUUUAUGACGAGGAAUACGAACCACUAGGAAAGUUCUGUGGAAGUCAAAUACCACCGUCGACAAUCUUCCCGUCCAAUCUUGCCUAUAUAAGGCUUAAAAGCGAUGGUCAAUUAUCUUCAAAAGGCUUCUCAGCUAAUUAUGAUACUAUUUGUGGUAAAACAAUAGAAUUAAAAGACAUGUAUUCACAAACCCUGGAAUCCGAUUUUCUUCUUACCAAUUCCUUUAUGCAAUCAGUAUCAAACUGCACAUGGACAAUCGUAUCUUAUGAUCCCAGCAAGCAUGUGACACUGUUGUUUUCAUCUCUUCAACUGGACCCGUAUGAAAACUCAAAAUCCAAAGCAUACAUCGCUGUGUAUGCUGGUUAUAAUACAUCCGUUACACCAUUCAGGAACAUAACUGGAAACAAGAUACCUCCAUCAAUAAAAGUUCCGGGUCCCGUAGCGACAAUCAUCUACCACCAGAAGUAUGGAACAUCGUUCGGUUUGGAUUAUACUCUCACCGAAAAUGCAUGUGGAAUAUAUAUGCAUGCAGAAGAAGGUAGAAUAACGUCACCGAAUUAUCCUGAUAAUUAUCCACCCAAUACUGAAUGUGUCUGGACUAUAUAUCUCUCUCCAGGAAACAGAGUUUUUCUUUAUUUCACCGAGUUUGAUAUUAGACAUACCGAACACUGCAACGAAGACUUCUUGGAAAUCCGAGAAGCCCGCAGCAAUAAGUUAGUCGGUGUUUUCUGCAAUGACACUUUACCAGAAACAAUCGAGUCGAACGUAACACUCUGGAUCAUCUUCAAAAGCUCAGAAAGCGGGGUUGGCAAAGGGUUCGUGCUAGAUUUUGAAUUAAAGAUUGGAGGAACGUUCAAAGGCCCUGCUGGGACAAUUUCAAGCCCUGACUAUCCCGCAUUGCACGGUUUAACAAGUAAAGUUUACACUUGGCUAAUUUCAGCUUCUCCAGGAUCGUUACUUCGCAUAACGAUUGAAGAUUAUGACAUAAUAACUUCUUAUGAUGAUGACUGUGAAGAAAACGGCGGUCUACAGAUUUAUGAUGGCUAUACCAGUGAAACAGAAAUUUGGAAAGCUAUUUGUCAAGUCGAAUCUCCAUUUACUUCUAGAAAUAGCGCCGUUUUCAUACAAAUGAGAAAUAUAUCACCUAGCAAGUUCCUCAUUUCUUGGGAAGAAAUCGGAAAUACUUCAUUAAGCGAUAAUGCUUGCAAUUCGACUAUAUUCAUAAGUGGACACCAAGGAGGAAACAGCAGUUACAAUCUGUCCAGUCCAGGCUUUCCAGACCGAUACUCCACCGACCUUCAUUGCACAUGGUUCAUAAAAACCGACAUUGAGAAUCACGUUGUUAUUGACUUCAAACUUGUUGACUUACAUAAUUUCUAUGAAUGCUAUGACAAUAUUAAAGUCUACGAUCUGGACAGAAAUAAACCACCAAAGACCAUUUGCAGACACACAGACACUAAAACUAUCACUGGUGGGCGUACGCUUAAAGUAACAUUUGACUCUUCUGAAAUGACAGGUGGAAUAGGGUUUUUAGCUACAGUGAGAGUUGAAUGCGGAGGCAGUAUAAGCGAACCGGACGGAAUUAUAAAACUGCCCGCUGUGCGAAACGCCUCUCUGGAUUGUCAGUGGAUCAUAAACGCCAAACCGGGUCAAAAAGUGAAAAUAGAAUUCAGAAAAUUUGAAUUCCCCGCAUCUAAUUCUUGCAUUAGUUCUUAUGUUAUGUUGAGAAAUGGUAAAUAUCCUGAAUCUCCAUAUCUUGGACUGGGCAAGUACUGCGGGAAAACGAAACCUCCUGAGUUGCAAUCGUCCGGAAACAGGGUUUUCAUACGUUUCAAGCAGGAAUCAAAUGAGGAGAUUGAGAUAUUUUAUCAAGCGAUUUCCCCGAAUUGUAAACAGAAACUUUAUCUGUCACGCCAAGAUGUGCAGUCUAUUAACAUCAGCACUCCAAAUUAUCCUUCCCUGGUGCCUCCCCAUUCUAUAUGCUCUUGGGUCAUUAUUACCAAUGCCGACGACAGUCUUCAUUUUCAAUUAUCUACCAAAUUGUUAUUUCCAACUGACAAUCAAUGUGAAAAACAUUAUUUGGAAGUUCGCGAAGGAAGUUCUGAACGAGGGCAUUUAAUCCAUAAAUUUUGCAGUCAUUCGGCUUCCUUUUUCAACACAGAAGGAAACGCUUUGUUUGUCAAAUAUUUCGCCGAUAUUCCGGAUUCUACAGUCGGUUUUAGUGCCACGGUUUCUUUGUCCAAAUGCGGUGGGACCAUAAUUGAUCAUGACAUGACAAUUACAUCUCCUCGUUUCCCAAAAAGUUACGAACCCGAUACAAAGUGCGAGUGGAUUUUUCGUAAUCGUGAAUAUGGAGGUUUUCAAGUUUACUUCGACCAAUUUAAAAUAGCAAAUAAACAGGAGGAGUGCAAUAACAGCACUUCACAUGACAUUUUAAGCAUUACGGAAAUCGAUACAGGGAAACAGACGUUUUUCUGUAAUGCCUACUUCGAUAAGUACAGUGCCUUUUUUUCCGAGUCGCCAGAAAUCAAAAUAGUUUUUACUACACAAAAGAAUACGUAUGCACUCGAGGAUUUGGGAUUUUCUUUGUCUGUAUAUAGGAAACAAGCCACUAUAGGGGAGAGGAAGAAUGAAAUAACGAGCCCUGGUUAUCCAAAUGGUAUCACUACUAUUUCCGGCCAUCAUGAUAUUUGGAUUUAUUACGAUAACAGAAUAACUUUGAUGAUUAUUGAUUUUGAUUGGCCCUUUUCUAAUUCAACGGAAAAUUACGUUUAUUUUUACAAUGAGAAAAACAUUUUAAUUACUAAAUUGAACGGAUUUCAACCAAAUGGGACGAUAGUGGAAACUACUAGUGGUUCCAUGAAAGUAGUUUUUCGCUGUAAUGAAUGUGAGGGUCAUCGUGGUUUUAAAGCGUCAAUCAUUUAUACAAAUCCGGCAAAAUGCGGUGGAAGAUUAAACGGUCUUAACGGGUCGAUGGCGUUUUCAUAUCCUAAUUUGCAUUCAUUCUUUUGUAAUUGGAAUUUACAAAUUGCUGAGAAUAUGACUUACAGCGUCAACAUUGCUGGGAAUCUUGUGAAAACUUACGAUCAAUGCGAACAGGACACGCCAACAUUUGACUUGACUACGGAAGACCAGAAAUUCUGCAGAAGUAAGGAACAUCAUAAUUACACCUUUUAUUUCACUACCGGUGAUGUUCAUAUACAGGCUUUUGGAAGUCAACCCAGUGCAGAUCAAAGCUUAAAUUUCACGCUGAAUUGGACUUCGUAUGCAUGCGGUGGUCUUAUUACUUCAUCGAAUAUCCUGCUCAGUCCGGGUUUUCCAAAUAAUUACAAACCUAAUAUAGACUGCCUGUGGAAGUUCGAAAUAAACGACUGGAACCCUUUGAAAAUUAGAUUUAAUAAUUUUACUUUAGAGGACGACUGUGAUCAUGACUAUCUUGAAAUUACAAAAGGUCAAGAUUACUCGAGGGUUUUGGUGGGUAGAGAAAAAUACUGUGGAUCAAUUGUCCCAGCCGAUUUGAUAGCAGGCAUGCAAUUCGUUCUUUUCCAUUUGCACACUGAUUCCAAAAACGAGUUUCAAGGAUUUAAUAUCUCCCUUGUCACGCUUCCUCAAUAUUGUGGAAGUUUUGAAAGUGGGUAUAACGGGGUUAUAAAUUCCGAAAAUUACCCGAACCAGUAUAAAAAUGAUGCAGAAUGCGAAUUCGUCAUCCAUGUUCAAGAUGGUUACCAUAUUGGAAUUAAAUUCUCCGAGAGGAUCCAAAUUGAGAAAAGUGACAAUUGCACCAACGAUUAUCUUGAAUUUUUUGACAGAGUUGCUGGAACAUGGAUCUCCAUUGCUAAAAUAUGUGGAAGAGAAUCAGUUCCCCCUUUGAAUUCAACAUCUAACCAAAUGAAAAUUUUGUUUAGAACUAAUCACAAUGUUACUGGAGCAGGAUUUAGGCUGUACUGGAACACCAAUUGCGGUGGGGUUUUUGAGGCGAGUAAAACCCCAAAAUAUAUCAAUUCUCCCGGGUAUCCUAUUAAAUACGCAGGACCGUUUGUUUGCAACUACACUAUAGUAGCUGAAACGGAAAUUAUAAAAGGCCAUUUUCUCGAUUUUAAACUUCAAGAAGAAACGCAGUCAAUAUGUGACUCUGAUUACAUAGAAAUUAUCAGUUGGACAUACAACCGGAACAGUUUUACUAGGACUGUGAGUAAAAAGUAUUGCGGUACAAAACCCCCAGAAGAAAUCGAAUCCAUUCGUUCAAUCACAAUAAUGUUUGUCGUCGACCGAAAUAACGAUUUUACAGGCUUUCAGUUAGAGUAUUUCGUUGAUGAAUGUGGUGGUAAAGUGGAUGAACCGACGGAAAUAACAUUUAGCAUCCCACCAACUCCGGAUACGAGAACCUGCACGUGGUUUGUUACCGCGCCUAAAAACCGAAUAGUCCAAAUAAGCGUACGGAUCUUACGUACUAUCUGUUUGCGUCAAAAAUUUCAACUUUUCAACAGUACUCUUGCGUUUAAUAAGAAAGAUCCUGUCAAAAGUUUGUGUGGAUACACAAGUAGAAAGUAUCAUCCUAUCAGCAUGAAAACUAAUGAAGCUGUAAUAUAUUUUUUCUCGAUGUUCUCGGUCAGUGGAAACAGUUUUUCAAUUGAUGUUUUCUUUAGCUAUGAAUGUGGAGGAACAAUCACACUUAACAAAAAUGAAACGGUUUCUUUUGCAAUACCUAAAGACGAUCGUGCCGCUUUUGCCUGUUUGUGGGAAGUGAUCGCGCCUGAAGAUAAAACGAUAAUCAUAAAAUUCACGGACGUCACAAUGCCAACACCUUGUUCGAUUAAUUUACAUGUAAACGAUGGCGGACCUGAUGAUGAUGAUAUUUAUAUGGACUGUCUGGAGAAUGAGUUGCAAAUCUCGUCGACAGAGAGUAGGAUCACAUUCGAGGCAUUUUCACACGACCCGUUGUCAAACGUGUCAUUCAAUGUACAUCUACAACUUUACACUUCUCCUUGUGGAAAGCGUGUAUUGGAGGUGACGAACGAUAUCAAAGUUCUGACUUCGCCCAACUAUCCCGGACAUUAUCCUCCAGGUUUAAAUUGUGUCUGGUUGUUGGAAAGUAACUCGCCAUUCAUGGUUUUACAUUUUGAAGAUGUGGACAUUUUUGACAACAAGUGCAUGGAUUACCUAAACGUUGAUGACGUUCGACAAGGCUUCAAUAGACCAAUGGAAUUUAUCGGUAUUUCUAUGUACCUCCAAUCAAAAGCGCCUGAUGGAUUCAGAAUUUGUAAGAACAUGUCCAGCUUUGAUUACUACCCUAAUGAACGUACAGUAACUGUCAAGUUCAUAAGUGGCCAGCAAGUGUCGAAUCACCAUGGUUUUAAACUUACUUAUACAGCCCAGUCAUGUACCCGCAACUAUACAAACAAUUAUGGGUCUGUUAACCUGCGCACUGUAUCAAAAUGCCAUCUGGUAAUUCAGCCGAAGGAACCAAAUCGUACUAUUUCAAUAUAUAUCAACUUGGUCCAAUUUUCAUUUAAGGGUGACUGUGCUUUGAAUGCGUUAAAGAUAUACGAUGGACUCGAGCUAUCAAACGAAAAGAUAUUAACAGAAAGGUGCAAUGAUGCAUUGCUAGAUCCAGUAUUUUCAACGGGCCCGGUUGUCACGAUAGAAUUCAAUGUGAAUGAACCUGGUGGAAUUUUGGAGUUCAUAUACACAACUACAGACAAAGGUCGUGGCUGUGGAGGGACACUUAUGGGAUUACAAGGAGUUUUUACAAGUCCACUCUAUCCCAACACUUACCGCGAGAAUAGAACUUGCGUAUGGAAUAUUGAAACUCAUGACAAAUACAAAAUAGUUUUAGAAUUCAAAGAAUUGGACAUGGGUAGUCGUGAAACCUGCAGUAGCAAUUAUGUCGAGGUGUACAAUGUUGCAAACUCGGGUGACAGGAAAAAAAUUCGAACAUUCUGUGGAGAGGACCAGCCAGCUAUUAUUUGGGGAUCCAGUAAGAGAAUGGAGGUGGUCUUCAGGACAACAUAUCAAAACGAGGGCCAGGGAUUCAAUGCUUUCUAUAGAUCUGAAAAGGAAAUGCCUUUCAGUAGAGCGACCGUAGACCAAAGUUAAAUUGAAAUUAAUAUCAUUAAUAAUAUUAUUAAAUAAAGGUUAAUUUGUGAAAAAUUGUACAUAU